GUACAAGACAUAUACACAAAAUCAACGCCGCUCUUGACUGAGUGUACAGCGUUCCUCUCCGGCUACCGCCUCGCUCGAGUCACUCCCCCGCGCCUCCGCUUGACUCGCGACCUCGAUUCCACCGGAGUCUUUUCUCCCCACAUUUCCGCGCCAUGUCCUCGCAAGACUCCUCCAAUCUGGACAUCAACCUCUCCCAGCUCUCCCUCGCCGCCUCCUCCUCCUCCUCCUCGUCGUCGCAAGAAGACUGGGACCGGUCGAUGACCCUAGCGGGCGCCGACGGAGAGCCGCCGCGCACGCCGCGCAACACCGUCGCCUUCCCCGCCGAAGGCCCCACGCCCGUUCGAAACGACGCAAACACGAUCGUGGGGAGAGAGAGCAGCCACGGACGGGAAGGCGGCAAGCGGACGCUGAGCGAGCUGCUCAAAGCCUACGCCGAAGACGGGCGCGAUAUCAACUUCAGCAGCGAGGAGGCCGGCCGACUCGCGGACGUGCUCGGGCGAUGGGUCAACUCGGACUCCUCACCCUACGAAGGCGAAGACACCUUCUUCCGCACGCAAGAUGACUCCUCCCUCCCGUCCAAACGCGCCGGCGCAUCCUCGAGCACGAGCACCGACCUCGCCGGCCGCUCGCGGGGCCAAAGCGAAAGCGUCGUCGCCAGCUCGUAAAACUCUGGACCUUGACAUCACCUUUACGCGUACACCCCCCACAUCCCUAAUGGCGCCCGGCCCCCCGCCGCGAAGAUCUCCUAUUAUCCUUAUUAAUCUUCCCCUUUUUCCACUGCUCACGACCCCGCCCACGAACUUGCCACGACCCGCCCUGUACGACCAACAUCCACGCGCACUACGUUUCUCGCUCCACCGCAUCUUAUUCCUUUCUCUCUCCCGCAUCUCUCUCUCUCUCUCGCUGCUUCUCGCGUUCAAGCCCUCGGGUAUAUUCGUCCUUGCUGUUGUCGUCAGAUACGCCUCUCUUCUGCUCGCUCGCACCAUAAUAGAACGCGUAAAACCA